CUCCCUUCCUUCUUCCUCUUCUUCUCCUCCUCCUCCCUCCAUUGGCAGCCCAGGCUGCCCUGCGCGCUUUGGCCCGGCCCUGGCUCCUCCUCCUCUUCUGUGCCGGCUACCCACAGGAGGGACCCGCUCAGGCUCCCGGUGCUUGAGAAUGUCAUCUUCUGGAUUAUGACAGCAAAAAACUUAUGUGAAGCCUCUUCAGAAAUAUAUGCAACCCUUUUGACUACAGUAUCGUGAAGCCCAUUGGCUUAUUUUAGUUGCAUUUGACCCAAGGACUCAUCAUGGAGCCUCUCUUGUCUGAAAUGAAGUGCAUCAGAGAACUGAAAAGAAUUGUCUUCGUGUCUUUAGUUUUAAUGUGCCUCCUGGCCUUUGUUAGUCCUGAUCAAGACUACUACAGUUUACUUGGAAUAUCUAAAGAAGCAACAAGUAGAGAAAUAAGGCAGGCUUUCAAAAAAUUGGCAUUAAAGUUGCACCCUGAUAAGAAUCAGAAUGAUCCAGAAGCCCAUGACAACUUUUUGAAAAUAAACAGGGCUUAUGAAGUAUUAAAAGAUGAAGAUCUACGAAAGAAAUAUGAUAAAUAUGGGGAGAAAGGUUUAGAGGAUCACCAGGAGGGAGGACGAUAUGAAAGCUGGCACUUCUAUCGCUAUGAUUUUGGUAUUUAUGAUGAUGAUCCUGAAAUCGUAACACUGGAUAGAGGGGAAUUUGAUGCUGCUGUUACUUCUGGAGAAUUGUGGUUUAUCAAUUUCUAUUCCCCUCGAUGCUCGCAUUGCCAUGACUUGGCACCAACUUGGAGAGAAUUUGCUAAAGAAAUGGAUGGAUUAUUACGUAUUGGAGCUGUCAACUGUGGUGAUAACAGAAUGCUCUGCCGCAUGAAAGGAAUUAAUAGCUAUCCAAGCCUGUAUGUGUUUAAAACCGGAAUGAAUCCAGUGAAAUAUUACGGUGAUAGGUCAAAAGAGAGCUUAAUGAGCUUUGCCAUGCAGUUUGUCCAAAGCACAGUGACAGAGUUCUGGGCAGGAAAUUUUGUUAGUGCUGUCGAGGCUGCCUUUGCUUCUGGAGUUGGCUGGUUAAUUACCUUCUGUGCAGAACAAGGAGAUUGUUUGACUUCUCCAACACGUCUUAAAUUGGCUGGCAUGUUGGAAGGCCUGGUUAAUGUAGGCUGGAUGGACUGUGCCACCCAGGGUGAGCUUUGUGAAAGUUUGGAUAUCUCCUCUAGCACGACAGCGUACUUUCCACCGGGAGCCACCUUAACUAAUAAAGAAAAAGGAGGUGUUUUGUUUCUGACCUCUUUAGAUACCAGAGAGAUAUAUUUGGAAGUCAUGAAACAUCUUCCAGAUUCCAAAAUGAUCUCAGCAUCUACUUUAAAGGAUCAUCUGGCUCAUCAUCGAUGGCUAAUAUUUUUUCAGUUUGGCCAGAAUAGCAAGUCCGAAGCCCAUGAUCUUAAAAAGCUGGGUUUUCUGCUUAAAGCAGAAAGUAUUCAGGUUGGCAGGUUUGACUGCCUUACUGCACCAAAGACCUGCAAUGAUCUAUAUGUUUAUGAACCCCGUGUAGUGGUCUUUAAAGGGAGAGGAUUGGAAGACUACGAAAUCCAUCAUGGAAAGAAGAUUCUAUAUGACAUCGUGGCCUUUGCUAAGGAGAGUGUGAAUUCUCAUGUCAUCACUCUUGGGCCUCAAAAUUUUCCUGGCAAGGAGAAGGAGCCAUGGCUUGUUGAUUUCUUCGCACCUUGGUGCCCUCCUUGCCGAGCAUUAUUGCCAGAGCUGAGAAAAGCAUCAAAGCAAUUGUACGGUCAACUGAAAUUUGGUACCUUAGAUUGUACACUUCAUGAAGGGAUUUGCAAUAUGCACAACAUUAGAGCUUAUCCAACAACUGUGGUUUUUAAUCAGUCUAACACUCAUGAAUAUGAGGGACACCACUCUGCUGAGCAGAUCUUGGAGUUUAUUGAGGAUCUGAUGAACCCUUCUGUGGUGUCUUUGACACCUGAGACCUUCAAUGAGCUGGUGAAGAAAAGGAAGGCGAAUGAAAUCUGGGUGGUUGAUUUCUAUGCACCAUGGUGUGGUCCUUGCCAAGCCUUAAUGCCAGAAUGGAAGCGGAUGGCCAGGUUGGUGAAUGGACUGAUCUCUGUUGGCAGCGUGGACUGCCAGAAGCAUUUCUCUCUUUGUCAUCAAGAAAAUGUUCAAGGUUAUCCUGAAAUAAGACUCUUCCCACAGAAAUCAGUUUCAUCUUAUCAGUCCUAUAGCUACAAUGGCUGGCACAGAGAUGCUCAUUCACUGAGAAGAUGGGCACUCGGGUAUUUACCUCAAGUAUCUCUGGAUCUGACACCUCAGAGCUUCACUGACAAAGUCCUUAAUGGGAAAGAUCACUGGGUCAUUGACUUCUAUGCGCCUUGGUGUGGCCCUUGCCAAAAUUUUGCACCAGAAUUUGAGAUCUUAGCUAAGACUGUUAAAGGAAAAUUGAAAGCUGGGAAAGUUGACUGUCAAGCUCAUGCUCAUAUCUGUCGGUCUGCUGAAAUCAGGGCAUAUCCAACGGUUAAGUUUUAUCCCUAUCUGGGAACAAAGAAAAAUGCAGUUGGAGAACACAUAGACAGCCUUGAUGUGAAAACUAUAGCUGAAAAACUGACAGCGAAAGUAGAAGAAAUAAAAAAUAAGAGGAAAAAAUCAUCCAGGAACAAGGAUGAACUUUGAGUCAUGGAAUGAAUUCCAAAGAUACCAAGGCUGCCACCAUGUUGAAAUAUUGGACUUUGUUCUUCUGGAAGGAAAUAGUAAUGCCGUGGGAUUCAAGGACACCCAAGCUUUUCCCAUAGAUGCUUCACAACUGAGUCUGAAUCAUCCAAAUGAGACUGGCAGUCCUGACAAUAUGCUACCUCUGUCCUGUGGAGGAUUUUAAUGCUCUGAUUACAGACUUAAAACUUGGUCAGUAGGGCAUCUGUCGGAUUUUUCCUUCAGUCCUCUCAAUCUCUCUUUCUCCUUACAGAAGAGUCUUACUUUGCGCUGAAAUGGAAACCUAACCCCACUUGUGAAACAGUGGACAAACAGGCUACUCUGUAGGCUAGAAAGCUAGAAGAGAACAAUUUCUGCUUCCCAUGGGAAGUAAGCGAAUUAUCUCAACAACUGUUUUACCUCUGAAUCAUAACCAGUGAGCUUUUUGUAUAGGAUUCACUAAGUUGCUGAAAAGUAGGGAGUUCAGUUUCUGCGGCAUUCAGUCUCAUGAAUAUUCUUCUGAUGACUUGGAAGAGCACUCAAAUCUUUGUGUUGGUUUCAGUAUAAACUGGUCAGAAUGGUGGAAAAGAAGCUUGACUCCCUGAUUUUCAGUCUGUUCUAUGGAGUAGCUUCCUUGUAUAGAUUUGGGCUUUGGGAACAUGCCUGCAUGUGCCUAAAGAGCAAUUUUACUGGAGUCCUUUUAUGAUAUGCAGCACCUAGUCCGCUAGGAGGCAGCAAAACAGCUUUGACUGAAGUAGCUAUUUGACUGAAGGCUAUUUCCAUGGCUCCUUAAGCCCAUUUCCUCUCUGUUGGACUUGCGUUCAGGUAAACUUGGUUACAAAUGCAGACAUAGCUUUCCCACAGCAGAGCUGAUGUUCGUAGCAAAAAAAUAAUAAUUAUCCAAAAACCUAUGUGUUGAUUGCAGAACAGAACAAUUUGAACUUGUUCUGCACCAAACUUGUGCAGGUUUCAAAGCAGGAUACUGAGCUAAAUGUUUUAAUCCAUUUUCAUACCAGCCUAAUCUCCUGUGUACAGAACAGGGAUUGCAACAUGUAAAUGCUGUGCUUUUGUGCGGCAUUGCAAGUGCCUUUUGAAUGUAGUGGUCACUGAAGGGUUUUUUUUGUUAGACAGUCAAUCUAGCAUUGGCAUGGGAUGUGUAGUGUCCUCGAGAUACAGAAAUGCACUGUAUGUUUAUGCCAGUGUUGAAUAGAUGCUUGCCAAUGUUUUCAAACAUUUGUAAUCGUAUCUGUACUGUACUUGCUCUCCUUACAUUAAUCAUGAUCUCUUGUAUUGGAAAUUUGGAAGGAUAAUUUUAUUCUCACUGAAAAGGAACGGUUGGGUACCUGUUGGGUAAUAUGCCACCUUUUCAAACAGUGGAUUCUGCCCAUCCUUUGCAUGUGUUAGUAAAGGCAGGCGUUUUGUGCAUUUAAAUAACUCAGCAUAUGCAAAGAGCAAACUCUCUUAGUUAAAGUGAGACGAUUCCAUCAUCCACAAUUAUUUUUUAAUACUCACACGUGUGGCACCUCAACUUUGAAGAUGUUUCUGUUAUUAAAUUGCUAGAUCUUCAAGAGUGAGAUUACAAAUUCUGUUUUGCGUCAUAAUCUUGAUUAUCCCAUUAUAAUCAGGCUAAAUGAUAAUGGGUAAUUAGAUCACCUUCUGAUUACUCAAUUUUCAAGGUAUCGGGAACUCUUUCCUUAGUACAUUAUGGUACUAGAUAUAAAAAUGUAAAAUUGGUUGAAUUAUACACCACAGUAUUUUAGGUUUAGUGGUGAGGAGAUAUUUUGGUUAUGUUUCAUCCGUUGCUGAUAUUUCCUACUUAAUCUCUUGAACUUUUCAUAAUAUGCAAAAAUAGAUGUUUUUGUCCAGUGUGUUAUAUUUUUUUCAGCUUUCAUACUGCUGUGCCUUGCUACAGGGUUUCCUACAAUUAGUUUUUGUAACCUCCACUUUAAAAGGAGCUGUUAGUAACCUCAAAAACAGUAUUGGAUAAUGUCUAAAUUUUUCUGAUUCAGUAUUUUUCGCAAUGUAUUUAUGAGGUCAUGUUAAGCAGCCAAACUUUCACUGAGAUCAACAUUCAUCAUGUAGAUGUACAUCUAAUAAUGUAAGAUUUUUAAAGCCUUCCUUGUCUAGGCCAGCGAUGAGGACGAUGCAUCUCCUCAAAUGUUGCUGGUCUAAGCUCCCAUCAUCCCUCACCAUAGGCAGAUGGGAAUUAAAGUAUGCUGAGGGCCACACUUCCCCAUUCUUCAUAUAAAAUAACAGGAAGAAGUAUGUAGAGGAAAUUUGCAUACAAUGUAAUAUUUUAUCUGCUUUUUUACAUUUACACUUGGGCUGAUGUUCUCUUGCAUUUCUAAAUCCUAAUGUACUCAUAUACUUUUUGGUAUCACAGUUCAAUGAGAUUUCUUCCCAGGAAGGCAAAUGUGGAAUCACAGAUCAUAUUAUCAGAAUCUCCUUGUGUUGUGUGAAGUAUCUAGUCAACAUAUAGGUUUACAACGUCAUUCUGCUGUUUGCCACUAUCAGCCUCUGUUACAUCACAGGAAAUGUAAUCGAACUCCAUCAUGUUUUAAGCAUAUGGGCCAGUACUCUGGAUGACUGAUAUUCAGAAAUGAAUUUACUUUGUCCAGUUACCUGCCUAGUGUUGUUUAUGCAUAUAUCGGAGACUUUACUUCUAUGAUAUUGGCAAAAUCUUGGACUUGCAAAAGCACCCAACAGACUGCAAUACAAAGCUGGUGGCUUCAUUAGGGAUAUCAUUCUUAACAAAGUUUCUUCUCAAAGGAAACAAGUCAUUUUAGUAAACUACAUGAAAAUAUUUCAAAACCACGCAGUUUCCAAAGCCUGUUUACAAUUAGAGACAUUCUGCACAAAAUGUGCAUGUAAUUCUGUACAGAAAAUAGUAUUUUCUGCUCAGAAAAAAUCUUUCUAGAGAUUAUAUGCCGUUUCCACAUUAAAAUUCAGUACAGAAUAAGUCACCAACUGUAAAGAUUUGUAUAAGUCUAGAAUUUUUUUGACAAGAUUGCUAAACAUUUGAAAAACUUGUUUUUCAGCAAUUUUUCAGAUACUUUCAGUAUUCUUUCCAUCUCAAGGCUUUAUCAAUCUUGAUUUCCCUUAAGUUAUAUACAAUGGAAAUAGAUUCCAGUGCAGAACAGCUUUAACAAGAAUUUUUCAUGGAGGUGGCAAUCAAUGCAAGAAUGUCUGUUACCACCCAACUACAGUUUGUAUCUUUCUGUAUGCCAGUCACCCUUAUGACACUGCUUUCAAUCGCCCAUAACCACCUCUACCCAUUUAAAGUUGUGUAUAAUAAUUUGCCAGUCAAAUAAAAGUUAUUAAUUGUUCAAAUAAAUAGCCAGCAGAUGUAGGGAGAAAAUCAGAAAAGCUAAAGCUCAGUCCAAGCUUAGGCUUCUUAGUGAGGUUAAAAACAAUCAAAGGGAGGGAGGAUUUCGUUAUGUCUAUACAUAGCAAAAAGGAAGAACAAAGAAAUGUUUGGGCCUCUGUGUAAAGACGGUAAAAUGCUAAUACGAGCAGGACCACUUAAUAUUUACUUUCCUCAUUCUUCUCCAAAAAAAGAAAAGCAGUGUUCAACAUGGGGGAAAUGGAGCAGAUGAUGCAGUAAGGGAAAUGAAGCACAGAAUAGGUAAAGAGGUAGUAUAGGAAUACCUGGAUACUCUAAAUGAAUUUAAGUGAAUGAGACAAACACAUGGUUUAUGUAGUUUGCAAAAAUACAGGGCAAGUAAAGGGGUGAAGACAGGCCCUUGUUUAAUUUGCUUUGAAUCCCAUGCUGGGAGAAAAGUAGACUAUGAAUAGCAAAAUUGAAUAAACAAAAAUAAUUAUUAAAUAUUA